UUCCACCCUGUUUCCCACUCCCAGCCGGCGUUCCUACCCUCCCAUUAAAAGACCAAAUCGAAAAAAAGCCCCAGACGACACCCAUUCAACCCUUCCCAGCCUUCCCCCAGCUGUUCCCUUCCCCUCGUCCCCCCACGCGGUUUCCUCUUCCCCUUUCUAAUCCCCUCUAAAAAUCUCAUCCAAAUACUCCCCAUUGUCCCUAGAAAGAGCAAAACACUGACACAGAGAGCUGGGGAGAACAAUGGGUUCUCUCAAAUCCUGUUUCCAUCUCCAUCUCUUCCUGGCCUUCGUUUCCUUUGUUCUUCUGUUCUGCCCAUCGCGAUCGCAGCGGGGGAGUGACGCCCCCGCGCCGGCGCCGUCGGCUUUCGACUGCAACGGCGUCCUCCUGACCUACAGCUUCCAGCGGGGGCAGCGGCUCCGGCCCUUCCUCCGCGACCGCAACCAGCAGGCCUGGGCGUUCAACGCCACCGCCACCAUCCUCAACUCGGGCACGACCAACCUCAAGGCCUGGGAGCUCCUCAUCGGCUUCCGCCACCGCGAGAUCCUCGUCUCCGCCUCCCCCGCCGUGCUCACCGACGGCUCCGCCUUCCCCUACACCACCCCCAACGACUCCGCCACCUCCUUCUCCGGCUACCCAAACCCCGACCUCAAGUACCCCAUCGAGGUCGCCGGCGAUCCCUCCCAGAUCCAAACCCAGAUCUCCAUCGGCGGCACCUUCUUCGGCUCCCCUCCCCCCGCCAACCCCCUCCCCUCCUCCCUCUCCUCGGCCGACCCCGCCUUCACCUGCCCCUCCGCCUCCGCCACCUCCAACACCUCCCUUGCCACCUGCUGCAUCCCCAACCCCGACUUCACCCCUAAUACCACCACCAACUCUUCCGAUGUCGACGUCUCCGACUCCUACCUCCCCCGCCGCUCCGGCGACCUCACCAUCUCCUACGACGUCAUCCAGGCCUACGAAUCCAGCUACCUCGCCCUCGUCACCAUCGACAACCACAGCCCCCUCGGCCGCCUCGACAAUUGGCACCUCACCUGGGAGUGGAUGCGCGACGAGUUCAUCUACUCCAUGAAGGGCGCCUACCCCCUCCUCGUCGACGCCAACCCCUGCAUCUACGGUCGCCAGGGCGAAUACUACCAGCAAUUAGACUUCUCCAAGGUCCUCAACUGCCAGACCAAACCCACCAUCCUGGAUCUCCCCCCGACCAGAUACAACGACACCGAUCUCGGUCGCAUCCCGUCUUGCUGCCGGAACGGCACCAUCCUUCCGGCCUCCAUGGACCCGUCGCAGUCCUCCUCUGCUUUCCAGGUCCAGGUCUUCAAGAUGCCGCCGGACGACAACCGCACCGAUCUUUUCCCUCCCCAGAACUGGAAGAUCUCCGGCAGCAUGCUAAAUCCCGACUACGUCUGCGGCCAGCCGAUCCGCGUCAGCCCGACGCUGUUCCCCAACCCCAGCGGACUGGAGUCGAACACCUCCGCCAUCGCGAGCUGGCAGGUCGUCUGCAACAUCUCCACUCCCAAGGGGACCAGCCCCAAGUGCUGCGUCUCCUUCUCCGCGUACUACAACGACUCCGUCGUUCCCUGCAAGACCUGCGCUUGCGGUUGCCCCGCCAGCCGCGGGGGCCGCACCUGCAAUGCCACGGCCCCUGCCCUCCUCCUCCCGCCGGAGGCCCUUCUUGUUCCGUUCGACAACCGGACCGAAAAGGCUCGGGCUUGGGCUGACAUCAAGCACUUGAACGUCCCGAGCCCCAUGCCCUGCGGGGAUAAUUGCGGUGUUAGCAUCAAUUGGCACAUCAACACCGACUACAGCCGGGGUUGGAGUGCGAGGGUGACGCUGUUUAAUUGGGAAGAUGUGGACUUUGCUAACUGGUUUCUUGCCGUGGAGAUGGACAAGGCCUAUGAUGGCUACGAACAAACGUAUUCAUUCAAUGGGACGAAGAUAGGGAACGACACGAUCUUCAUGCAGGGCCUCGAGGGGUCGAAUUAUCUUAUGGCGGAGACAAAUGGAGCGAACCCGGCCACCGAUCCCAGAGUGCCAGGGAAGCAGCAGUCUGUGCUCUCUUUUACGAAGAAGGCGACGCCUGGGAUCAAUGUGGCUGGAGGGGCUGGUUUCCCGUCAAAGGUCUUCUUCAAUGGGGAGGAGUGCUCCUUGCCCAAUAUCAUUCCGACAAGCCGAGGUUUCAGGAAUGGUGGUGUCCUUAGCUUGGUACUGCUUCUUGUUGCUUCAACUCUUCUACUGCUCCACCAAUAGCUCUAAAGCAUGCCUCCUCCUCCUCCUGCUGCUGCUGAUUCUUUGAUUCUUGCAAUGAUUGAUGGAUGAACAUGGAACAAACUGAGUGUUUGGCAUUUUGAAUUGAUUGGCCAAAAUUGUUGUGGCAACCAAGCAUAGUUGCAAAGUGGUAGAAAAGUUGGGAGUUUGCUCACAUUCCCUGUUGUUAAGGGGAAACUUAUGGCUGUACAUUGGUUGGGUUCAUCAGGAUGAAGAACAGAUUUAGAGUAUUCCGGAAUUACUUCAGUAAUGUUUGAUCUGUUUCUGUGUUUUUGUUGUCUUUUGUACUCAUAGGAAAUCGUAAUAUUCAGCAUCAUUUGUUGUCCUCCAUGAUAAUAUCACCGCAUCAGCUUCAUUUUACUUCAGAAGACUCUCUGUAAAUUGUUAUCUUGAUCUCUUUUGAAUUUAUACUUUUCCAGUAAUAAUUGGAUGCCAGCAGGUAGACAAUGCAUAUUUUUCUC